ACUUAAAUCUGAUCCUGACUUCUGACUGUGGAAGUGUUAUUCGCCAGAGUGGAUUGCGUUAGCCCAAAACAAAAAAAAAUUACAGCAGCAUGUCAUCCAUAACUGUUUGAAUGCAAGAAUCCUUUGAGAAUUAAUCUUGAAGUGGAUAGAAGAAUUAUUCAUCAUUACUUAAAGAUGAAAACUGAAAAAGCAGUUGCUUAUAGGUUCUCACAGCAUGAUCAUCGUAUUCAAUUUUCAGAGGAUUCAGUUGCCACAGAUGGACAUGUAAAUGAGAGUGACGAAAAUGUGGAGCGAGGCAACUGGUCUUCGAAGACCGAAUACCUACUCUCUGUGAUAGGCUGUGCAGUGGGACUUGGCAAUGUCUGGAGAUUCCCUUACCUGGCGUACAAGAAUGGAGGAGGAGUCUUUCUUAUUCCCUACCUGCUCAUGCUGGCACUUAUUGGAAUGCCGAUGUUUUUUCUGGACACGUCAUUUGGGCAAUUUGCCAGCCUUGGACCUGUUUCGAUAUGGAAAGUCGUGCCAAUGUUUCAAGGUAUUGGGAUCACAAUGGUUCUUGUAAUUUCAGUUAUUGACAUUACCUACAACUGCAUCAUUGCCUACAGCCUGUAUUACCUGUUUGUCUCCUUCCAAUCCCCUCUGCCGUGGGCAGACUGCUUCAGUUGGUGGGGAGCAGAUGAAACCUGCAGCAGGACACCCAGAGGUUUGGUGUGCAAUCACACUCUAGGUGAUGGGCGUUUUGAAAUUAUUAAUACAACAUGGCUGCAGGCAAGCAACAAGUCUUGUUCAAAUGGAUCAGAAAUCUAUGUUCCUCACCAGGGGCCUAGUGGACAAUACUGGGAUAAAGUAGUUUUACGCCGUUCACGUUCAAUAGAAGAGACGGGGAACAUAGUUUGGUAUUUAGCCUUCUGUCUGCUUCUGGGCUGGGUGAUUAUUGGAGCUGCUUUGUGUAAAGGCAUCAAGUCUUCAGGAAAGGCGGUUUACUUCACUGCAUCCUUCCCUUAUGUGGUUCUCAUCAUUCUUCUUAUCCGAGGCGUGACCCUUGAAGGAGCUCAAAAAGGGAUUGACUUCUAUAUUGGAAGCCAGUCAGACUUCACCAAACUGCUUAAUGCCGAGGUCUGGAAAGAUGCUGCAACUCAGAUUUUCUUUUCUCUCUCAGUGGGCAGUGGUGGCUUAAUAACAUUGUCAUCCUAUAACAAAUUCCACAAUAAUUGCUACAGAGACACCAUCAUAGUUUGUGUUGUGAAUUCUGCCUCAAGUGUGUUUGCUGGAUUUGUCAUCUUUUCCAUUCUUGGACACAUGGCUCACGUACAAGACAAGUCUAUUUCAGAGGUUGUUCAAUCAGGUUUUGGUUUGGCUUUCAUUGCCUAUCCAGAGGCUUUAACACACAUUCCUUUGGCACCUCUGUGGUCCAUCUUGUUUUUCUUGAUGUUGCUCACUCUGGGACUGGACACUCAAUUUGCAGGUUUAGAAACGGUUGUAACGACCUUACUUGAGCAGAUCCCAAAGUUUUUGCAAUCGAAGCAUCAUUAUGUGUCAAAUGGAAUUUGCCUGCUGUUUUAUUUCCUCGGCCUUAUGUUUGUAACAGAGGCUGGAAUUUACUGGCUAAAUUUAAUUGACUAUUUCUGUACUGGAUGGAUUCUUGUUAUAGUCGCCCUGAUGGAACUCAUUGCCCUCAGCUGGAUUUAUGGAAUAAACAGGUUUAUUAAUGAUAUUGAGUCAAUGAUUGGGAGGAAGACUUGGCUCUUCUGGCUGUGGUGGAGAUUGUGUUGGCUUUUCAUUGCUCCAAGUUUGCUGGCUGCCACCUUACUCUGGUCAUUAGCAACAUUUUCCAGACCUACAUAUGGAUCUAUUGAGUACCCACAAUGGGCAAUAGCCCUUGGUUGGUGCAUACUAAUUUUCUGUAUUAUGUGGAUCCCCAUUAUUGCCAUUAUUAGAGUUAUUCAAGCUGAAGGCUCCAGUUUUUGCCAGAAAAUUUCUGCUGCUUGCAGAUCAGCUCCUGACUGGGGUCCGUACAUGAAACAGCACAGAGGGGAAAUGAUACAGAACCAGAGCUGAUCUUCCAAAGCUCCCAUCGAAGUACCUCUACUGACAUGCCUGCUGUUCAGAAAAGAUGUGAAGAUCAUGGCCUGAAAGAUCUAUAGCUACUCUGAUAUCUCACUGUAAUUUCAAUCCUUUCUGUAAUUAAUUUCCACUAAUUUGAGUUAUUCCAAAGUUAUUUGGAACAGCUUGCAGCUCACUGGAACACGCAUAGUCAUCUGGGUACAGGGGUAAUUACAGAAUUAAAUUCAUCAUGACCACGAUUUUUACCCCAUAUAACUCUUGGGGUUAAUGAAUGGAUUCCAUUAAUUGCUGUGUUUUCUUGAAUUAGACCCAGAGUAUGGUAAAGUUGAAAAAGCCCAGAUCCACAUUGAUAUUUGUCACCAAUAGCCACCAGCUUAUCAUAACACAGACAUUGAUAGCUUUACAUGUGAUGAGUCCCUUCAAGUCAUCUGAGACCAAUUCUACUUUCUGUUCUUCAGGACCAAUCUCAGUCCUUAGUACUGUUGUGUUAAUUGAUUAUUACUGGAACAGCUUCCACUUCCCCAUAGAUCACUACAACAAAAGAAACAGGCCCUUCAGCCCAUCUGGCCUAGUUCCUUAAGCCUGCACAUGAACCACAGCCCUCCAUACCUUUUCUAACCAUGUACUUACCUGAAUUUCUCUUAAAAGUUGAGAUCAAACCUGCAUCCACCAUCCUAUGGCAGCUAAUUCCAAACUCUCCCUAUACUGAGUGAAUAUGUUGCCCUUCAGUUGCUCAUAAACCUUUCAACCUUAAACUAUGACCUGUAGUUCUAAUUUCACCCAUCCCAGUGGAAAAAGCUUGCUUGCGUUUACCUUAUGUAUAUUCCUCAGUACUUUGUAUAUCUCUAUCAAUUCUCCCCUCAUUCUUUUACACUCCCGGGAAUAAAAUCCUAAUCUGUUCAUCCUUUCCCUAUAACCAAUUCCUCAAGCCCUAGCAACAUCCUUCUAACUUUUACUGUGCUCUUUCAAGCUGUCAUGCCUCAAUCUGAUCACCAGGGGAUACCAGAGUCCUCCAGGCACUGAAGCUCCUCCUUGCUGGAAUUUUUGGUUGAUUAUUUUCAUCUGCAUCUUGAUUUAGAAAUUAGACUGGGCUCAUUUAGGUGCAUCAAAGUUAUUACAUUGAAAGUCACGUGCACUCCAUCUGCAUUCAGGAUCUGAAAAGGAAGAGUCAGCUUGGCUUUGUGUGUUCAGAGCCCUGCUUGAUGAACCUAUUAGGAUUUCAACAAGGCCUUUGGUUGGUGUAGAAGGGUAGGUCUCAAGGAAUUUAUAGAGAGCUAGUUAGAUGGAUUCAAAAUUGACUUGGAGGUAGGAAGUAGAGGCUGGUGGCUGAAGGUUGUUUCCUCCAGUGGAGACUGGUGACUGGUGGUGUGUUGGAACUCCUCUGGUUCAUUAUCUACAUGAAUGAUUUGGAUGCAAAUGCACAAAUCUUGAUCAGUAAGUUUGUGGAUGAAAGGAAAUUGGGAAUUUAUGUUGAUAGUGAAGAAGGUUAUUGUAAAUUACAAGGAUAUCUUGAUCAGUUAGGGAAAUGGGCUGAGGAGUGGUAAAUGGAUUUCAAUACAGACAAAUGUGAGGUAUUGUUCUGAAAACUCAAACCAGUGUAGGAUUAUACUAUGAAUUUCAGGGAGCUGGGGAGUGUAAUGGAACAGAGGGACUAGAUAGCUGGUUGAAAGCAGCAUCAGGGUUUUGAAAAAGGCCAUUUAGCAUGCUGGGCUUCAUCAGCCAGGGCAAUAAAUAUAGAAGUUGGGAUGCUAACUUGCAGCUAUGCAGGUUGUUAGUGAGACCACACUUGUAAUACUUUGUACAUUUUUGGUCACCGUGCUACCUGAAAGACAGACUUGAGGUGAUUACCAAGGGAACAGUCACAGAACAGCACAAAUUAAAGUAACUCCAAAUCAUAAUGGACCAAUGAAAGAUGACUGUACAAAUAGAUAAGUAGCAGGGAAUAAGUUACAGCAGCACCAGAAUAUCACAGUAAUGCACAAAGUGCCAUUAGUGCCAGUAUUUGAGUCCUUGUGUCUGCUCACAGUUUCAGUCAUUGUUCUGUGGGAGUGGUGUGAUGGAGGCCACAGCUCUGGGGUAGAAGCUGUUCCUCAGUCUAUUUGUUCUGGUUUUUAGUGUCCUGAACCUUUUGCUGGACGGCAGCGGGUCAAACAGGGAGUGGCCGGGGUGUGUGGUGUCUCUGGUUAUGCUGAUUGCUUUCCUCCUGAGUCUGCUGGAGUAGAUAGGUAAUGUACUGUCUCUCUCAACUCCAUUUUCCUGCCUUCUCCCAGUAACCUUUGAUGUCCUUACUAAUUAAGACCCUAUCAAACUUCUCCUUAAAUAUAUCAAAUGACUUGGCCUUCACAGCUGCCUGUGGCAAUGAAUUCCACAGGUUCAUCACCCCCUGGCUAAAGAAACUCCUCCUCAUCUCUGUUCUAAAGGGACACCCUUCUAUUCUAAGCCUAUGACCUCUCCUUCUAGACUCUUUUUCUACAGGAAACAGCCUCCCCACAUGCACUCUAUAUAGGCCUUUCAAUGUUCAGUAUAUUUCAAUGAGAUACCUCCUCAUUCUUCUAAGCUCCAGCGAUACUGGCCAAGAAUAAUCAAAAGCUCCUUAUACCUUAACCCUUUCAUUCCCAGGAUCAUUAGUUCCUAGCAUUACAUCUCUGCUAUUAUCUUCUAGUCUUCUCAAUGUUAAUGUGAAUAUUGCAUUUGCCUUCUUUACUUCUGACUCAACCUGCAACUUAACUUUAGGGAAUUGUACACAAGGAUUCCUAAGUUUCUUUACACCUAUGAUUUUUGCUUUUUUUUAUCCCAUCAGGAAGAUUGGUACAUCCAUCUGGGAGGUUGGGAUAACUGCAUUGUGCAGUAGACAAUGGGGGCUCUAUUACUGCUAGCUGUAAUUCAUUCUAACUUUUUGCCCGAAAUUGCCCUGUGGAGUGAUGGUGUGAUGAACCGUUGUCUUCAUUAUAAUCUAACAGUCCCCCUCUCUAAAUGAUGUCAGUAGGGAAUUUCAGCGGCUCUGUGCUAUUGAAAUUCAGAUUUAAAUUCAGACAUUAAGAUUUGUGUUGGCCUUCACAGGACAAAAAUGGGGAAACUGUUGGUUGCAGCAAAGCAUUUAGUUUAAAUGUUAUGCUGUCAAAACUGGGAGUAGAUAAAUUGUACAGCCUCUUCUGUGUGUUGAAGUACAGUAAGGCACAGUCAAGAUGAUAAGCUGAGAGAAAUAAAGUGCAAGCAGCCAGGCUAAACUCUUGUUUAUGCAGCCUUUCUGUUCAAGCUUGGGAAACAAGGUCACCAGGCACACCAACACAGGAUAAAGAUGCCCAUGAAGGAUUAUGUUACUAAUUCUUGAGUUGUUUGGUGUUUAACAUUUUGAUUUAAUUGGUUAUUAACACCUGAAGUAUGCAUUGUGAUUGGUAUUGAAAAUUAUGGGAUUCAGAAGUGCACAAUAUUUCUGUUAGAUGAAUAUCUGUAUCCAGCUAGUCAUUUUCUGUUUCAAAAUGGCAUUUCUUUGUUCAAAUUUCAGAAGAGUUUUUUGACAGGAACCAGACUGUUCUCCUUGUGCACAAUUAAAUAAAGUGUGAUUGAAGCAA